AUGGCAGGAAUGCAAGAAAAGGAUGAGAAAUGGUUGGUGAAGUUGGAGAAGCACUUUCAAGAAGUUGCAGGAGAUGAUAACCUCAUUGAUUUGGACGAGUUCAUAAAUGCACUGAACGUGAAGAAGUCAUUCUUUGCUGAGCGUUUCUUCGAACUAAUUGACACGGAUCAGUCAGGGAGUAUCAGCUUGAAGGAACUGAUCGGCGCUCUGCGGCUACUUGUCAAUGGAACGGAACAAGAGAAACUUCACUUUCUCUUCCAGGUUUAUGACGUAGAUGGUAGCGGAUUUAUCGACUUUGAUGAGCUCAAGACGGUCCUUCGGUCUUGCACAGCUGAAUCUGCAAUGACCCUGUGCGACGAAACAUUGACGGAGCUCACUGAAAUUCUCUUCGACGAUGCCGAUGUCGAUGGCGAUGGUGAGGUCAGCUUUGAAGAGCUUUCUGAACAGCUACAGCGGUACCCUGGCAUCACAUCUAAUCUUACAAUCAGCUACAAUACACUCCGCAAUCACUUCUCCGUCAUCAUCUUCUGGAUCGUCUUCGUGAUGAUCAACGCUGGGCUGGCAGCAUGGGGUGCGUACGAAGGUUAUCAAAGCGUCAGUGAUGAGAGGCAUCCAGCGGCAAUAUCCAUCGCCAGAAGUGCAGGUCGCUGUCUUAGUUUCGAAUGCUGUUUUGUCCUGGUCCUGAUGCUUCGGAAGCUGUUGACGAUAUUACGUAAUACGUUCCUGAUGUCGGUGCUCCCUCUCGAUCAGCAUGUCGUAAUCCACAAGAUUGUUGCCGUCUUCAUUAUCAUCUUGUCUGUUAUUCACACCGCCGGUCAUAUUGCAAACAUCGGAUUGAUCUACCAGGUAGAGAAUGUUAAUGGCACAACAGCCGCAUGGAUUCUUGAUGUCCUGGUCCGACCUUUUCCUGGUCUUGGCCUUGUUGAAGGAUCUUGUAUCAUCACUGGCAUAAUCUACCUUGCAGAACGCCUUCUACGUCUUCAGUUUUUUAGACGAGCACGAUUUGGUAAAGUCUACAUUCAAAAAGGAUACGUGUUACCGGCUAAUGUUGUACAACUUGUUAUCCAGCGUCCCGCUAAAUUCAAGUUUCACGCAGGCGAAUACAUCCAUGUUAAUAUUCCAUUCAUAGCAUCUCAUGAGUGGCACCCUUUCACCAUUAGCAGCGCACCAGAACAACAAGAAUACUUGACUCUUCACAUAAGAUGUGUGGGACAUUGGACAAAGCGACUCUACGAUGUCGUCAGAGAACGUGAGCUUACUCUUCUUGAACACGAAAAUGCAGGCUUUGGCGAGAUCGACAAAGACCACGACGUACCUUUAGAGGUCAUCGUUGAUGUAAGUUCUACCAAGAGUACACCCGCCGUGGAGUCUAACGGCCAGCAGAGUAUCAUCUCGGAUACACAUAUUAAUAGGAAUGGACGUAGAUCUUCACAAACAUACGGCAAAAGAAGGAGAACCGCAAGUGGUGCAAUCAACUCAGGCUUCGAGCCAGAAUUACCAAACGGUGACAAAGAUGGAACCAAGACCGUAACAGAGGGCAAACCAUAUAACACUGGUCAGAACGAUAAUGAAUCAGUUACACAGAAAGUGAAUGCAGCACAAUUAAGUCUUCCACGUAAAGCUGAUCACCCAUCUGCUUCCCAAGGUGAUUGCCAACCGAUGUCUUACAAAGAGCUGGGCGAAGUAUCUAUGACUUUAGAGGUCAAUGGCGACAGUUUCAAAAUGAAAUCGUUGAACUCACGCCAAAGCAUUGAUGUACAGGAGGCACCUCGAGGGAGUACCACCAAAAGACAAUCACUGAGGGUUAGACAGUCCCUAGUUGGUCGGGAAAAGAGAAGUGUCUGUGGAAAGCCGAACGGCGAUGUUAACAGGAAGAUGAGUUUAGUGACGUUAAGAAGGAACGGUGCCCGACAUUCGUUGGAUCUGUCAAAGGAUUUAGGCGGUAGACCUCACACUGGAUUGGAAGUUAUAUUAGAUGGUCCGUAUGGAGCACCUGCGCAGCAUAUCAUGGAGGCUGAACAUGCCGUACUCAUCGGGGCAGGAAUAGGCAUCACACCGUUUGCCUCGAUCUUGCAAAGCAUAAACGAGAGAUAUAAGGCGGCCAGGAAGCACUGUCCAAACUGCAAUCAUACUUGGGUGACUGAUUCAUCAUCUAUUCUGAAAACGAAGAAGGUGGACUUUGUUUGGAUCAAUCGAGAUCAACAUUCCUUCGAGUGGUUUAUCAGCCUCAUCAGCGCCAUCGAGUUGGAACAGGCUGAGAUACCCGCAGCAGGUCGCUUUCUCGACAUCCAUCUCUAUAUGACAUCAGCUCUCUCACCCAGUGACAUGAAGGCCAUCGGACUCCACGUCGCUCUCGAUCUCAUCCACAAGAAGAAAAAGCGAGAUACAAUCACGGGCUUGAAGACGAGGACCCAGGCUGGAAGGCCGGAUUGGGACGAGGUUUUCCAAAACCUGAAACAGCAGCACAAAGGCAAGAUCACUGUGUUCUUCUGUGGCUCUCCUGCUCUAGGAAAGAUCCUCUCAACCAAAUGCUUACAGUACCAAAUGGAAUUCAGAAAGGAGAACUUCUAAGACCAUGAAGACAUCGUGUUUUCAAUAAUUGACCAAACACAAAGUAAUCUAACUUUCUAAACAUAUGACAUGGAAAGUGGAGCAGAUACUAAAAUGGGCAAUUCCGCACACCGUGUCCCAUUCUGCACAAGAUUCAUUAAUUUCAUCUAA